GAGACCCCGAAUCGGAUGCUACUCGGCGCGGUCCUUGGCCUACGCACCGGGUUCACGAGACCCUCUUCACGGUGGGAGGGUGAGGAGAGUGGGAGAGGCUUGGCCCGAUUCGCGCGGCCCGGCCACGGAUCGAGCGACUUGGGGUGGGAAAGGCGUGCUGUUUCACAAAAGAGGCAAAAACAAGGGCCAGUAACGGAAACCCUAAUGCCCCCAAAUCCCCAAUCCCACCCGGAUUCGCUAUUUAAUGUUCCUGUUCUUUCCCCCCCGCGAUCCGAUGUCCGCAGCUGCGCUCCCCGCGGCGAGCGAUCGAACCCCUGGUCCCGGCGGAGGAGAUUUCAGGCGCUGGUCCCGGUCCCGGCGCUGCUAGGCCGGCGGCGACGCCAUGAGGAAGAAGCUGGACACCCGCUUCCCCGCUCCUCGGAUUAAGAAGAUCAUGCAAGCAGAUGAAGAUGUCGGCAAGAUUGCUCUAGCUGUUCCUGUUCUAGUGUCCAAAGCAUUGGAGUUAUUUCUGCAAGAUUUAUGCGAUAGGACAUAUGAUAUUACAAUUCGAAAGGGGGUCAAGACUGUUGGUUCUUCCCAUUUGAAACAAUGCAUACAAACGUACAAUGUCUAUGAUUUCUUGAGGGAUGUAGUAAGCAAAGUUCCAGACACUGGUACAUCUGAUGCUAUUGCUGAUGAUAAGCUUGGCAAAAGAAGGAAAUCUGAAGAAGAUGGAAGUGAUGAGGAACUAAAGAGGACAAGAAAUGAUGCAGAAAGCCUUACAAGCAAUGGCAGGGGCCAUGGGAGGGGUCGUGGAAGAGGUCGCCGUGGUGGGCGUGGUGCUUGGAGGGAGGCUUUCACAACUCAUGAACAAUUCGUGGAGAACCAAUCUAGCAAGCCAGCUGGCCUAAAGGUGGAGGUAGCAAAUGAGGUAUCAGAUGCGACUGAAGCAAAGGAGGCUACACCAGUGACCAGUGCCAGGGCUUGCUUAAGGAACAUUGACUUAAAUUUAGAUCCAGUAGAUGAAGAUGAGGUUGCUGUGCCACCCCAAACCCAGUCAUCUGCUCCUGCAACUAAUUCAGCUGCAGCCAAUUUAGAACUGACUGCUCCAGCAACUAGUUCAGCCGCAGCCAAUUUAGGACUGACUGCCCCAGCAACUAGUUCGUCUGCAGCCACAGCAGGACCAUCUGUUCCGCGGUCGAAGGAAGGAGCGAAACUCAAGGAGUUUCUGGGUGGUUGGGAACUGCCUGACAUGAACAAGAUGGACGUUGACCCAGCUCAGUUUGCUUUAUCGUCGAACCAUAAAUUGGACGAUGACGAGGAUUAUGAUAAUGAAGACUAGGUUUUAGCUCCAAGUGGAUAAGUAGGACAGCAGGAUAAUCGUAGGUUACUCUGUAGCAAUUGCCUUGUAUCAUGUGUAUAAUAGCCGCUGAAGCUGCAGAUGUAGUUUUAGAAUAUGCUAGAUGUUAAAGUCGCUCGACUAUAAUGUUCCAAAGUAAGAUUCGCUGGACAGCUAGUGUUUUGGCACAGGUUCGCCAGUUGUCCAUUCCUGUUGCUCCCCAGUUUAAUGUUGAUUAUGCUUAUGUGUAAUUGGAUAGCUGUUGAAAAUGUUGUCGGUGGAAAUUUCUCA